CAAGGGGGUCAGAGCAGCCCAGAGAGCCGGCGGUCUGCAGAGGCGACCCGCAAGAAAAACGCCGACGCACAAAUAGGCGAAGAAUAAAAACGUCCCGAGUGUCGAGCUGAGGACGACAGGAGCGGUGACCCCGGUAGAGAAUACAAACAAGAGCUGGGAGGAUAAAAAGAAGAAGAAGAAGAAGUAGAAGAAGAAGAAGUAGUAGACAGUGUGGGACGGAAUAAUCCAGGAAGUGUGGAGGCCGGUCAGGUGGGAGGCGACGAGUCUGAACAGGUGACACACCGGCGCUCAGGUGUAUGACCUCUGCUGACCUCCAAGCAAAGGACCAAAGAGGAGGGGGGCAGGCAAGAGGCAGAAGAAAGCAGGCACCCAUCUUCUCCUGGGUUUAUGGACCGGAGGUGGCAAUGUCUCCAGGAGAGGACGGCCUGAUUGGGAUCCCCUUCCCGGAGCACAGCAACGAGCUCUUGUCCCAUCUCAAUGACCAGAGGAGGACAGGACUCCUGUGUGACCUCACUCUGAUGUCCCGUGGGGCACGCUACCCAACUCACCGCUCUGUCAUGGCCGCCGUCAGUCUCUACUUCCGCGGGCUGUUUGGGACAGAGGAGGGGGGCGGCGAGGGUGGAGGAGGUUUCAGCGUGUGCCAGCUGGACUGCGUGGCACCCGACGCCCUGGACGCCCUGCUGGAGUUUGCCUACACUGCCACCCUGACCAUCCCCAGCUCUGGGAUGAGAGAUGUGCUGCGAGGAGCUCAGCUUCUGGGCAUCCAGUGUGUGGCUGACGCGUGCAGAGACAUCCUGGGGGAGACUGCAGAGGAGGAGACGGCAGAGGAGCAGAGAGCCCAACACAUAGCUACAGAGAAGGUGGUAGGUGUGGAGAGAGGGUCCCGAAGAAAAACGGACAAAAAGAAGGUGAAAAAAGUUUGGUUACAUCACAUCAACUCCUCGAUUUUGAACCCACCACCUGCUUCUCCCGUCUCACACCCUUCACCUACAUCCGACAGCUUCCGCUCCCUGCCGUCUACCCAGCCUCCCAGCCCCGAACAGGAAGAGCUUCGCCUCAAAUCCAAGCAGAACGGAGAUCCCAGGGCAAUCAGAAAGCCAGGGAGAGGGGCCACACUAAAUGGAGGGCUCCAUCACUGGCUGCAUGAGCGCCCCCAUAUAGCCCACCCAUCUCCUGUCCCGCCCUUGAACGACAAGCUGUCAGAGGAUGAGGACAUGGAGGGUUUUGGCGACGAUGGUAUGCUGAUAGAAAGCACCUCCAUACCUACCUCUGUAGCUGAUCGAGCAGCGGCGGCCUCAGCUGCGGGAGCAGGGAGGAAGAGGAAGUCUCAGACACCUCAGCAGUGCCCUGUUUGUCAGAAGAUCAUCCAUGGAGCAGGAAAACUGCCCCGACACAUGAGGACACACACUGGAGAGAAGCCCUUCCAGUGCUCUGCCUGCGGAGUCCGUUUCACCAGGAAUGACAAGUUGAAGAUCCACAUGAGGAAACACACAGGCGAGCGGCCUUACCCCUGCCCGCACUGCCCUGCCCGGUUCCUCCACUCAUACGACCUCAAAAACCACCUGUCCCUCCACAGCGGGGCGAGACCAUUCGAGUGUCCGCUCUGUCACAAGGCCUUUGCCCGAGAGGAUCAUCUUCAGCGUCACCGCAAGGGACACAGCUGCCUGGAGCUGCGCAUACGCCGACCCAGGCGUGGGGCUGAGCUCGGGGAAGAUGGGAGAGGGGACGGAGGCGGGAGGGAGCAAUCCAACCCUCUGGAGGCUCUGUCUUUACAGGCCCACUCCUCGGCGUUCCUCCCUCACAGUGUGCUGGAUGGUGGGAGUGGAUCCGGUGCCGGCCCCCCGUUGAUGUUUCCAGGUGAUGUCGAGAGGGAGCGGUCUCUCGCCCUUCAGGCUUUGGCUCAACUUGGGCCUCACAGAUUGGCCGGCUACCCUGAGCUCUUCCUGCGAAGUCUGGAGCUGCGAGGGGGCAGAAAUGUGGAGGGAGAAGAUCCAGGAGGAACGCACUCUCCGUCUGCGCAGCGGGACCGAUGGGCUGACGAAGUUGAAGAGGAAAUUGGAGAAGAGGAGGCAGAGGAAGAGGAAUAAUGAAAAGUGUGUGUGUGUGUGUGUGUGUGUGUGUGUGUGUGUGUGUGUGUGUGUGUGUGUGUGUGUGUGUGUGUGUGUGUGUGUGUGUGUGUGUGGUAAAGCAUCCACAGUAAAAAAAUAAUUCUCACUCAGGUGGCUGGACUAAUGACCUGCUGCUCCCAUAUAGAGAGCGCUUAAAAAAUAAAAACAACUAAACGAUAUUCAAAGAAAAAAAAUGGAAAACGGGUUUUCUUAGAUAUUUUAAAUGUUAAUAUUCUGGCUCUUGGCAUUUUGAUUUCAUUUGUCUUUUAGAUUGUAUUUCUCGUUUGCUGUUUAUAUUUUAUGUAUUUCAGUUUGAUUCGAUUUUUCUAGCUGGACAUGCGUGUGUAGUUACUGGGAUGCUUUUCACUAUGCAAACUAAAAUCCAGAGCUGCGACAUGAAGGGAUAUUUGAAGAUGUUUAUUUUAGUUACAACAUAAAUGUAUUGAUUCAGGUGCAAUUCAGAAGUCAUAUCACCUAGAUCACAAGAAUGAGUUUGUGUGCUCACUGUCCUCUGGUGGUCAUCAGUGGAAAUGCAGUCUGAUUAAUCAAACUCGUUUUGUACAUUGUAAGCAAUAACGUUCGUUGUGUCUUUUCUUGUUUGUGGUAAUCUAUGCUUUAAUUUGGUGCUUGAACCAAAGAUUUUUAGUUGAACUGUUUUCUUAAAUCUUACGUUAACAGGAGAGGAGAGAGGUGAAUUGUAGCCAAUGUUGGGUUUGAAGAGAACAAUCUUCCCAACUGUUUUGAUAGCCAUGAGAAAAGAUCUGCUUCCAUGUUUGAGUGUUUCAGAGCUGCAGAGCUCUGUGUUAAAUGCCUGACCAAAUAAGACAAAGUCUGGGUCAAUGAGUUGAUGUUGAUUUAUGUUGAAGACAAUUCUUCUUUUCCCAAAGGCUGUUGAUUUCAGUCUUCCAAUGCACUCAUUUGGGUUCCUUGUUUGAAAAAAAAGAAAUGGGAGAAAAGGCGAGGGGAUGAAUGUGAUGGCAUUCCCCUUUUUUCUGUACUUAUUUAUUUAUUGUUAUUUAUUAUGGUUCUUCUGCUGAAACUCUUCUCUUGUGAGACCAAAUCCAAGGGUUGCACACAGAUCACAAAGUCUUACAAGAAGCUGCAUUGCGCUAAAGAUUUUUGACUUAACAUCUCCAUAUAACUUAACGCCUUUUUUUUAUGGGCUGCGUGUCUUCUUUUGGCGAUUCUUCCUCGAAUGCAUUCUUUGCACAUUUAACCCCGUCAGGUACUGCAAUAAUACAGGCACAUUCCAUCCUCCGGGGUAGAGAGAAGGGAACAGAGCAGAGAAGAAGUCAAGGGGUUCAAAACCUUUGAUGUAACUGGAACACAAAAUGACUUUGCUGUAUAACAUUUUCAGCAUGCUUUUCUGUUGUUAAUUUAACAUGUAUGGUACUGUGUCACAUGUUAACGUGGCAGUUCUUACAGAUCGGCCACCGCUGCGUUUAAAGGGGCUAUUAUCCUUUUGAGUUAAUCUAUCUUCGACCAAAAACCUUUUUAGUUUCCUCAUGCUUUCCCCGGACCAGUACAUUAAGGCCUUUUGCAGGGUUUAAUGCAAUCAUUAAUGGCUUUAAACAACGGCAGUUGACUUUUUAUUUCCAAUUCUCUUGAAACCCAUGUUGUCAGAACCUGUGCUGGUCUGGCCGUGUGUGCACUAUCCGCUCCUUGUUGUGUAGUUUUUUAUUUCCAGUUUAUUUGCACUAUGAGAUUUGAGAGCUUCAAGCCUUUUUGUCUGACCUUCAAUAUCUACUCCAUUAACUCACUCGAUACCAUUUAAGAUUGUGAUUGAAAUACUUCUUUAAAACCUGCAUUUUCUUUCUCCUGCAUAAUAAUACAGAGUUAUAGUCAAUAUAAUAUAUAUUGGGAUGAAGUUGCCUUAGAUAUUAUUUUUUUGUGCUGCAACUACUCUCAGGAAAUCUUGAGCAAUGCACUAAGUGAUUAUACAAAAUAUAAAAUGGGAAGACAUUGUUUGGUGCUGUAGGGUGAUUGACUUCAUGUGAGUGAAGGCCAGUAGUUUAUAAAAAAAUAAAAGAUUUUGUAUCAUUUAACGGUUGAAAACCAUAUUAAUUAAUCCUAUUGUAAGAUUUAAAACAAAUGGGGAAAUAAUAGUAAUGCCAGUAAACUACUGGCCUUACUGGAACCAGUCCUACUGGAAUGGCAGUAUGACAGUUGGUCCUGUUCAUGAAGGGUGUUGGUGUUCCCGCUCGGAGCUUUGUGAAUGACUGAGGGUAACUGAUGCCAGCUGUGAAGUCUGCGCUUCUAUGUGAGCUGUUUGUUUUCUUGGCUUCGGUGAAGGGACAUGGGGUCCGGUCUGUAUAGAGACCCCGCUAUCAGGGAUACAUUUUUGUCUUUCAGUUUUUAGUGGAACCUUCUCAGAGAUAUGAAUUCAUUUUCCCAUCAUUUGUUUCAGUUAAUGUAAAGAAAAUAAAUAAAAAAUAUCUAAGCUUGA